CAUUCUUCUAUCUAUGUGCUUCUGGGAGCCGUGUACUCUUGUUAUCAUCUUCGACUAUUUGCAAACCGAAAUAAUUUGUGUUAUCAGUGUGGUGAUAGGUAAGAUUGGGGUGGCAUCCCAUUCCCGUGCGUUUCGUCUUUCGGUUCUGCACAACCAUAUCUGCAUCCUUCCAAUCCAACCAUCCAUCCAUCCAUUUCAGUAACAGUUCGUUCGUAUCCCUUUGCAUGCCUGUCGUUCGCUUCGUCCAAUCGUUUUAAUGUCCGCUUUGUUGAAUCGACUACCGCACCGUCUAUCACAGGGAUUAACGGCGGCUUAUUUUACGGUUAACAGUUGGAGUAUUCGUCGUCGAUCUACAGCGGUACAAACCACAGACAUGACGCGUAUGACCGUGAAGAAGAUCCCCGCCCUGAAGGACAACUUCAUGUAUCUGGUGGUGUGCAACGAAACCAAGAAUGCCGCCAUCGUAGAUCCCGUCGAGCCGGACCGGGUGCUUCAGGUGGCCAAAGAGUCCGGCGUUUCGCUGAACAAGGUCCUGACGACGCAUCACCACUGGGACCAUGCCGGAGGCAAUGCCGAUCUGUUCAAACGCUAUCAGGCUGAUACCUCGCUAGGACCGCUGCAGAUCUACGGCGGAAACGACGAACGGAUCGACAAUUUGACCAACCCGGUCGGACAGGACGACACGCUGGAGAUCGGUAACCUGAAGGUGCGCUGCAUCUCCACGCCUUGCCACACCACGUCGCACAUCUGCUAUUACAUCGAGACGCCGGAGGAUAAGGUUGUCUUCACCGGGGACACCCUUUUCCUAGCCGGAUGUGGAAGGUUCUUCGAGGGAACCCCUCAGCAAAUGUACGAUGCGUUAAUUACGAAACUGUCCGCUCUCCCGGAUGACACCAAAGUCUACUGCGGACACGAGUACGCGUUGAACAAUCUCCGGUUCGGCAAUACGGUCGAGCCGGACAACGUGGAUACGCUGCAGCUGUUGAACAUCGCCAAGGAAUCGGAUCUGGAGGGUCGUCGGGCGAUGGUGCCGUCGACGAUUGGCCAGGAGAAGCGAACCAACGUGUUCAUGAGGGUGCACGAGCCGAGUGUGCAGAAAUUCGUGGGCAAAAGCACUCCGCUGGAAACGAUGCAGGCUCUGCGAGCGGCUAAGGAUAAAUUUUGAGAGGGGAUCGGUUGGGACUGAAAUGUACAAGCGUAGGAUAGCGUAGGUGAUGGGAAACUUUAUCUGGAUUGUAUACACAUAUGGGAAAGAUCUUAGGAUUACAAUAAACGACACUUCAUAUAACGUCUGUUCACAAA